CUGUAUAGAUCCAUAAACUAUAACGAAAAGGAUCCCUUCCUCUGCAAUUCUUGUGGAUUUUGUAAAUACGCCAAAUUCGAUUAUACGAUUCAUGGACGACACGUUGCCGGAGUGGAACCGCUGGAAAACGAAGAGGAUCGAAGGAAGGCCCUCUCCCACAUUAACAGUCUGUUGGAAAAGGCAGACAAUAUCUACCAGCAGAUCCGAGCAUACAGGCCUCGCAUCGAAAACGCGCUGACGAAAAUUUACGGGCAGGACAUUAAAACGGAAGCGGAACCGCUUAACAAGACGUUUACUGGAAGCGGAAAUCUGAUGGUCAAUAGUGAUAUUAAAAUAAUGGCUCUUCUCUACAAUUCCGACUGCAGCGCUGCUUUUGAGGAGCUUUCGAAGAUAGUUCAGUCUCGCUAUUCUAAUCUGGUUGAGGAGGCAGCAGAUUCAAACAUUUUUCCAGUGUAUCUGGCCCUACAUGAGUUGGACACAGCAAAUGAGUCGCGGUGUGCCAACUGA